GUCCAACACAAGAUUUUAUAUGGAUACUCUGUCCACAUGCUGUGUGGAGGAAACCAGUUAUAUGAGAGGUGGAGAGGAGGAGGAGGAGGAGCAGGAGGAGGAAGAUGAAGAGGAGGAAGAUGGAGAUGAAGAAAGAAAGAAGGAGAACAAAGAUGAAUCAGUCGUCCAGAAGCAGCAGAAACCAGCCUGGACUCCAUGUUUCUACUGCAAAACAGAUAGAGAGAUGUUCUGCUUUGUCGGACAGAAGAUUGUUAUUGAAGGUGCUCUUGACUCCUAUGCUGGCAUGAUAUGGCCGGCG